AUACAGUAUACAUAUAUUAUUGUUCAAUAGCCUUAUUUAAAAUCGGAUUCGAAAUAGACAAGUUAUGCGUUAAAACAUUUUUCAUAAUUGAGAAAUUGGCCGCAAGAGGCGCGUUUCCAUGCUGAUUAUCGUUAAUGAACCGUUGCGGUUGUGCAAAAAAACUUUGAAACGCGUUAGGGUAUUUUUGAAUUAAAUUGCCAACGAGUACCCCAAAUGCGAAUAGAUCUCCGAAACAGCUGAAAAUCAAAACUGAUAAGGCAAGCACUUCCCCUCUCUCUUUCUCUCUGACGCCCACACUAUGGCAAAAUUUCAAACUCAUUUCAUUUAUUUGCCAUAAAACGAUAAGAAAAUACAUACAUAUGUACGUACAUAAAUGUCAUUCAAUAACAAAGUACGACCGAGUGCAAAGCAAAUGCAAAACCAGUAAAUCUACCAAGAACAAGGAACAAAAAAAAAAGCAUAAGAAAUCAAUAAACAAUGAGUGAUUCCACAAUAGAAGUUCUGGUAUUUGGUUCUGCCAUAAUUGAUUUCAUAUGCUACACUCCGCGACUUCCGCGACCUGGUGAGACGCUACAUGGCCAUAAAUUCCAAAAAGGCUACGGUGGCAAAGGAGCCAACCAAUGUGUUGCCGCCGCCCGCCAAGGCUCUCGUACUGCAUUGAUAGCCAAACUGGGCGAUGACACCUUCGGCACUGAUUACCUUCAGCAAUUACGGAAGGAAGGCAUCAAUGUGAACCAUGUGAAUCUGCUUGCAAACCAUACCACGGGCGUUGCCCAGAUCGCCGUCUCUGAUGGAGGUGAAAAUAAUAUCAUCAUUGUUGUGGGUGCCAACAAUAAGCUUGGCUCUGAUGAUGUGUCGCUUGCAAAGAAUGUGUUCAAGGAGGCCAAGGUGCUGGUCUGUCAGUUGGAGACACCGCUGGAAGCUACAGUCACAGCCCUUAAGGCCUUCCGGCAUGGUGUGUCUAUAGUGAAUGCAGCUCCUGCCAUGGAUCAGACGCCCAAAGAGCUUUUAGAAUUGGCCACUAUAUUUUGCGUCAACGAAACCGAAGCGGCCCUUAUGACGCAAGUUGACAGUAUCGUUGGUAUUAAGCAAGCAGAAGCAGCUAUAGCUCGUCUCUUUGAGAUGGGUGCCAAUACGGUAAUCAUUACCUUGGGUAAAUUGGGUGCCGUCUUUGGGCACAAAGAAACGCCAACGAAAUUUGAACAUGUUCCUGCCCCACAUGUACCUCCCUGUAAAGUAGUAGACACUACGGGCGCUGGUGAUGCCUUCAUCGGUGCUCUGGCCCAUAACUUAGCAAGAUAUUCGGAACGCUCGCUGGGCGAGCAUAUUGCCGCUGCCAGUGCCGUGGCCUCCCAAUCGGUUCAAUUGCCUGGAACCCAAGCUAGUUUUCCAUAUGCCACGACGUCGUAAACAGCAUCCAGCAACCACUCAUACGCCCACGUAUCUUACCUCCGUUAAGCACAUACGCAUACGACAACGCGGCAUUAUCAAUGGCGAUUAUUAAACCAUAUCUACUUAAAGUAAA